UUGUCCCCUCAUCUCCCCUCCUCUCUGACUGAAUCCCUCUCUCCCCUCGCCUUCCCCCUCUCCCCUCCUCCUCUCUCUCCUGCUGGUACCCCUACCCUCUCCCAGACUCCCACUCUAUCGCGAGACAGAGGGACUGGGACGGGAGACACAAAUAGUCAUAUUUUAGCAACAACAACUGUAAUAAAAUAACAGUUUAACGAGUACGGCUUUAUAAACGACAGAACCGCAUUCAGCUGAUACCUGACGUAAAUCUGUGUCAUAAGACUGGAAUACAAAAAAUAUUUAUCCAUGGCAACGCCGACUUGUGUCCAAUAUUCUUGAUAGUUGGCUAAUAGCUAACGUGCUAAUAGCUGCGGAGCGAUUUAAGAAUAGCGAACUGGCUAAUAGAGCUGUUGUCUUGUUAGCAAAUAGCGAACCCCCUGACUGCUAGACUGGAAUACUGAAGGGGAUACCACAUUUGCAAACGAUACGGGGCACAUAAAUGCGACAAAGGUCUUGGGUGUUGGGGGUUGCAUAGUGGCUGGACCCUUGAACACACCACCGAGCAGGAGUGUGAGAGUGUGUGUUUGUCCCCUUCAAUAUCAGCGAUGAGGCUGGCCAACUGUAGCUGUGUGUGCCGGUCAACGAGCUCCACCUGAGAGACAGAGAGAGAGAGAGUGAGAGUGUGAGCGUGUCUGAGAGAGUGCGUGUGUGAGCGUGUGAGUGAGUGUGUGUGUGUGUGUGUGUGUGUGUGUGUGUGUGUGUGUGUGUGUGUGUGUGUGUGUGUGUGUGUGUGAGUUUGAGUGUAAGUGUGUGUAAAUGGGGGAGCGGCGUGUGUGUGUCUGCGGCCUGCUGACCUGCCUGCACACCUGGCCUGCGUGAGGAGAGGAAGCCACACCCACCACCCACACACCCACCAAUGAGAACAGCCCGGCCGGCCCUGCCCCCUCUGACAUCACACCAGCUGCUCUGAGCCGGCUGCCAAUCAUCCCAGCCAGCCAGCCAGCCAGCCAACCCCGUGCCUGCGCCAUGAACGGCUCUCUGCUGACCCCGCCCAGCCCACGGGCGAGCACCAAUCCCUCGCCUCUGCCCCCCUCCCCAUCCUUAUCAUCUCCACGGUUACAGACCCCUCCCUCCCCGUCCCCUUCUCCACCCCCGUUAUCGUCGCGGCUGCCCCCCUCCCCCCCUUCCCCUUCCGACCGCCGGCUGCCCCCCCCCUCCCCUUCCCCUUCCGACCGUCCGCCGCGGGCCCAGGACAACCAGUACUCUCUCUCGGACACGCAUCCGGACAACCAGUACUCUCUCUCGGACACGCAUCCGGACAACCAGUACUCUGUCUCGGACACGCAUCCGGACAACCAGUACUCUGUCUCGGACACGCAUCCGGACAACCAGUACUCUGUCUCGGACACGCCCACCCCGUCCCUGUCGCCGCGGCUACAGGACACGCCCACCCCCUCCCCUUCCCCCUCCCCGGGGCUGAGCUGGGCGGAGUUCUGCGAGCUGCACGCGCGCGUGGCCGCGGGCGACUUUGCGCACCACUUCCUGUCCUUCCUGCAGGAGAACCCCCACUACCCCCCGGACUCGGCGCCGCUCUUCUGCCGGCGCUUCACCGAGCGCUUCGCGCGGCACUUCCACUCGCAGCUCGGCCUAUCGCAGCGCUAUUCCGCCGGCUCCCAGUCGCAGGGCUGCGGCGGCUGGCUCCCCGGACAGUCGGACGCCACGACGGCCUCUCUGGAGGACGACGCCUCCUCCUCCUCUCCUCCGCUGCUAUUGGCCCAGCUGCCCCCUCACCUGACGUCUAACCCCGCCUCCAUGCAGCUGCAGCCCCCACCCAGGCCGGUGGCGUCACGGGUCGGAGGGAUGGAUUCGGACGCGUACAGCCACACCUCCCUCCCCGCUGCUCCCUCCUCCAUCCCUCUCACCUCUCCUCUGCUCCCUCCUCCCUCCUCCUCGUCCUCGUGCUCCUCCUCCGGAGCGCUCAGACAGUCGCCCGGCAACGUGCCCGGCAACAUCACCCUCGGCAGUGCCCUUAGCAACGCGCCCGGCAACGGCGACGUGGAGGAGGAGGAGAACGUGGAGGAGUUUGAGGAAGAGAGCCCAGUGGAGAACAGGAGCGAAGGAGCCGAGGAGAGGAGGAGGAGGACAGGAGAGGAGUUUGAGGAGGAGGAGAGUCCCGAGGAGGCCGGCGGGAGGGGGGAGGGCUUUCCAGAAGAGGGGGAGGGCUUAUGCGACGUCUCCACGGUAACCAAGUCCGGAGGCGGGGCUAAGGCCAACAAGCUGAAGAAGCGCUUCUCUCUGCGCAGCGUCGGCCGCAGCGUGCGGGGGAGUGUACGCGGCAUCCUCCAGUGGAGGAGCAGCAGCUCAGACCAUGCCAACUCAGCAGGUCUGCCCUCCAGCCUUAGCUACUCCGCUGGCCUGCAGGACUGCAAGCGUCCAUCUGGGGGUCACACCCCUUCGUCGGGCGGCACCACCCCCCACACCCCUUCUCUGCCCGCCUCCCUCUCUCUGCCUCUGGCCCUGCCGCACUCGUCGUCCUCCUCGCUCCCUCCCUCUUCCUCCUCCUCCGCCACCUCCCUCUCUCUCUCCCUGUCGGAGGCGCGAGACCGGCGCCGCAGCAACGGGGAGGGGGGCGGGGACAAGGGGGACAAGUGGAGCUACCGGCUGGACAAGCUGCGUAAGUCGCGGUCGCCGCCGGCGAUGGGCUCGGUGGCCAAUCCGGCCAUGCCGCUCAGGGCCAGCCGGCUCGUACGGGAAGGGGGCGUCAACGUCAGGUCCACAUCGCUCGACCAGUUGUCAAUGGGCUCCCAGAGUUUCGGCUUCUCCUUCAACCUGCUGGGUAGCGGUAGCCACGGGAACGAAGGCGGGGCCUCCAGGUGGCACAAGUGCCGAUUGGCUCUGAGGGAUCGGGAGAGGGAGGAUUCAGCGCGAGGGGAGGAACACUUCCUGGAGUUCUACAUCCCACCCAAGUCCUCGAAGCCGCGGCUGACUAUCACCUGCUGUUCUAUCAUGGAGGUCCGAAGCACCACAGCAGAGGAGAUGCCCGACAAGGAAAAUACCUUCAUAAUACAGGUGGAGGGAGGUGUGCAGUACGUGAUCGAGGCGAGGGAUGCGGAUCAGAUGCGAGACUGGCUCAUCGAGCUCAACAAAAUCAGGAACGCCCUCUGCAGCAGUGACCAGGAGGAUCCAGUUGGAACCCAACCUAUAAUCAUUGAAACACCCACCUUCGGACACGACCUGUUGCCUCCUGAGCUCCCGCCCAGAGCACCUCAGCCCCUGGACGAGGAUCCCCGCUUCAUGCCAGGGGGAGGCCCACCUUUCCCAGAGACUCCAGAUGCCACAGGCUCGUUCCUGGGUGUGUGUGAGGAGCACCCUCUGAGCGAGUGCCAGUGGUUCCACGGGACGUUGUCUCGACUGAAGGCGGCCCAGCUGGUCCUGGCGGGGGGCGUGGCCUCUCACGGCGUCUUCCUGGUACGACAGAGCGAGACGCGGAGAGGGGAGUACGUACUCACCUUCAACUUCCAGGGCAAAGCCAAGCACUUGCGUCUCUCUCUGAAUGAGGAUGGCCAGUGUCGUGUGCAGCACCUGUGGUUCCAGUCCAUAUUCGACAUGCUCGAGCAUUUCAGAGUCCACCCCAUACCGCUGGAGUCCGGAGGGGCCUCAGACGUCACACUAAUCAGCUUCGUAGGAGCUACCGCCGUCAGGCAGCCAGGCCGGGACAGGGCAGGCAGCCGGCCCCCAGCCUGUGAUGUCAUCAACACGCGACACCCCGACUCUCCAUCUACACCCAUCUCUGACUGUGUACUUGAGCAGCAGACCCCGUAGCCCUCCCCAGCCGCCCCCUCCGCCGCUCCCUCCCGGCCGCCCGGCCCCGCCCACACCGCCACAUGAGCCAAUCAGCGACGGGGAGGCAGCGCCCGGCCCAGCGGAGGAGUGCGAGGAGAGAGAGAGGGAGAGAGAGAGGGAGCGAGACAGGGAGAAUAGGGAGAGGGGUGGACUGCAACAGUUAACUGUGGAGGGAGGAGUGGAGGUGGACGAGAGCCAGGGAGGGAGAGCGCGUGCCGUAGACAACCAAUACACCGUGGUCUGACCGAGGGAUAGAGAGAGAGUGAGAGAAAGAGAGUGAGAGAGCGAGAGAGAGCAUAAACAAGUACUUUUACUGAGGGAUGGAGAAUGAAGGAGAGAGAGUGUAAACAACUAGUUACUCCUUCUGAAUGAGGGAUAGAGAGAGAGAGAGACAGGAAAAGAGAGAGAGGGAGAGGGAGAGAGAGAGAGAAUAAACAUAAACAAUCAAUACUCCUUUUUCUGAAUGAGACAUGGGGAAAGAGACAGACAGAGAAUGAGCGUAACCACAAUUUUUUUUUCUCCUGAACAAGGGAUAGAGAGAGAUGGGGAGAAUAAAAGAAAAGAGAGACUCAGAAUGUGCCAUUGACCACUAGGCCUCCCGCCUGCGGAAUGGAUGGAGAGACGGGGACCGGCAGAUGAAGAGAGAGAGAGACAAACUAAGGGACGGGUGAAGGGAUGGAGAGAUGAACUGAGAGAUGGGUGGAGGGAUGGAUGGAUGGAUUGAUGGAUGGCUGGACAGAGAUCUGCAUCUGAAAGACGAGAGGGGAGGGGCUGGUGUCUGCGCAGCAGUGUUUCGGAUAUAAGGACAGACUUUACUAAUACACACACACACACACACACGGAAAUCACAGUAGGAAAUAACGACACUACACUAUGAGGCAGGAGAAAUCACACUACAACCAUACACAUGCGCUCACACACACACAUGCGCACACACACGCACACACAUACACACACACACACACAUCAAGAAUAGAAUGGUAAACAGACAAUCUGAAAGGUACACACUACAAGGACAGUACGCACGCACACACACAAGCACAAAUUAGUGGCAAGGUACACACUACAAACUUCAAUGCCAAUGGUAAACCACAGCCACAUACACACAAACAAUCCCAAGUUAAACACACACACACACACACACACACACACACACACACACACACACACACACA